AUGCAAGAUUUUCCCACGCAUCAAGAUGUGGUCUGUAAGACUCCAGAAAACACUAAGGCUUCUCAGAAUCUGAGCGCUUCAAAGAAAGCUCAACAACAGGAUAGUAAAUAUGGACCGGCGAGAGGAGCUGCUACUAAUGGUCCCGGGAGUGUAAGUGGGAUCAUUGACGAGGGACCGUUCCGCCCAAGCCCCAACCAGUCCUCUGCUAAAGAUCCGAACCUUUCUGUCAAAGCAUCUCUGGAAGCUGAAACAGAUGAUAAUGGAGGAGAGAAAGAAGAAGAGGAAUUGGGAUUUAAAGAUGCGUCGUCUUUCUCCAGCCGUCUACAAUCACCCACCCAUGUAAAGACAAACGAGAUUGGGUAUAAGCUUGCUUCCUUCUAUGCUACAAAGAUACGCUUUGCUGACCGCUAUGACAUUCUCGUUUGGAUGACCGGCAAGCACCUUGGAGAUAUUGAAGGGAGACAUCUUGAGACCAUGGAAAAUGUAUUUCGCAUCAUUUCUCUCCUUCGCCACCGGCUAGGAAAAGAGGAAGGUGAUCUACCAAUCUAUCGUUUCAUAGAGCGCCUACGAAAUCCAGUGGAGCAUCCUGCUAUAUCACAAAUUCUCAUUGGACUUGAAACUGUUUCGGAAGAGAUAAUUGAGGAGUUGCUAGCUCCAGGUGAUGAGGGCUCUCUCUCCCUCUUCCUAGUUGCCCUAGAAGAUCUAGCCAGCGAUUCUCAAACUCACGAAUUUCUCCAACGAGUCAUGCCUCGAAUAAUUGAGAAAUGCGACGGCUUCCAGCAAACAGAGAGCAAUCUUGCCAUUCAUUCCAGAUGCAUCCUAGCAGAGAUUCUGGUAGACAGCGCACAACACGAGAGAGCCAAGAGUGUCUUGAGAGGCACCGGGCGACCCUUGAAGAACAAAGUUGAUUCCAAGUCUCUGUUAGAACUUCCGACUAUCAACUUGGUUCGGCGCGUAGCCAUCACCUUCUUGAGAGCAAAUGAUCUAGAGAUGUGUGAUAAAGUGAUAAAGCGAGUGGUAGCGAUAUUCGACACUGGUUUCGCAGCCGAAAAAGAGAGCUUCCACUACCUAAUCUUGAUUGACUUCCUUAUCUCUACAACAUUAGAGAUCCAGAAGAGAUACGAAUGGGAACGAAGCCGCCCUUGGGUUGAGCGAGCUCUUUCUUUAUCUUACUCUCUAUUUGGUCUAAAUCACUCACGAACGAAGCGGAUAGAAAAAAUGCUUGAAACCCACAAGGUGGAGCAACUGUUUUCGGUGACAACUAUGCGCGCCUUGCUCAACUAUCUUUGCACUUCAAAUACGUCUAAUGCCUGA